AUGACCAACUGUUGGCCUGUGUGGGACUGUCAAGGUUCCUCGGUGAAGGAGAGGCCGGGCUCCCUGUGGACGAUGAACCGCUACACCACGCUGAAGCAGCUGGGGGACGGCACGUAUGGCAGCGUGCUACUGGGCAAGAGCAAUGACACUGGGGAGCUGGUGGCCAUAAAGAGGAUGAAGAGGAAGUUUUAUUCUUGGGAUGAGUGUUUGAAUCUAAGAGAGGUGAAGUCACUGAAGAAGCUGAACCAUACCAAUGUGGUGAAACUGAAGGAAGUCAUCAGAGAAAAUGACUACCUCUACUUUGUCUUUGAGUAUAUGAAAGAAAACCUCUAUCAGCUCAUGAAAGAAAGAAACAAGUUGUUCCCUGAGUCAGUCGUCAGAAACAUGACAUUUCAGAUAUUACAGGGACUGUCCUUUAUUCAUAAACAUGGGUAUUUCCAUCGUGAUAUGAAACCGGAGAACUUGCUCUGCAUGGGCCCCGAGCUGGUUAAGAUUGCUGAUUUUGGACUAGCCAGAGAAAUCCGCUCACAGCCACCUUACACUGACUAUGUGUCCACAAGAUGGUACCGAGCCCCAGAGGUUCUGCUGAAGUCGAACUCCUACAGCUCACCCAUCGACAUCUGGGCCGUGGGAUGCAUCAUUGCGGAGCUGUACAUACUCAGACCACUGUUCCCUGGCAACAGCGAGGUGGACGAGAUCUUCAAGAUCUGUCAGGUGCUGGGAACGCUGAAGAAGACGGACUGGCCUGAAGGCUACAACCUGGCCACCUCGAUGAACUUCCGCUUCCCAAAGUGUGUCCCCACCAGCCUCAGAUCCCUGAUCCCCAACGCCAGCAACGAGGCCAUCGCUCUGAUGAAAGACAUGCUGCAGUGGGACCCUGAGAAAAGACCAAGUGCUGCUCAGGCUCUACGGUAUCCAUACUUCCAUGUCGGCCAGGCGCUCGGUGCUCCUCUCAAGUACUUGGAGCAGCACAGGACUCAGACAAAGACGUCCGAGGCAGCCACAGAGACAGAGCCUCUGUCCCUCUGUAAGAUGGACCUAGAACCUAGUAAGCCAAGUAAGACUCCGGCAGAGCUGCAGACCUGCGGCCAAUCGCUCCACCAGCCCCUUCAGCAGAUCUCCUUACCUCUGGACAACAUGGAGCCAAGCUCAAAGCAAGCAAUGCGUGUCACCACGCUGCCAGAGAGACAGCAGGAACCUCUCAGCCUGGUGAAAAAAAGGCAACCGAUGAGCUGGCAGGCUCCUACAAGAGCAGCUCCCAGAGGAGCGGAAAAUAGCACGACUGGAGUGAGGACAGGACGUCGACGAUGGGGCCAGACGUCUUUCAAGUCCGUCGACAGCUGGGACGAUAGUGAGGAUGCAGACGCUGGAGUGUCCAUCUCCAAAAAACCCACCAUCAGCUCUCUGAAGGACAGGACGCUGGAUGAGUCCAGCUGUCGAUUUCCAGAGUCAAAGAAUGAUACAGAAUCAAAGCUGCCGAGCAAUAGUGGGCUGAACAGAGCUGACUCCACCGCCUUGUCUGCAAAGCAGCACUACCUCCGCCAGUCCAGAUACCUGCCAGGCGUAAAUCCAAAAAACAACUCCUCAGUGGGAAGCCAGGUGGUCGGCAGGAACCUGUGGGGCAGCUCGUGUUUAACCAGAGGACAGGGCCUGGAGUUCCCUCUGCAUAAAGACAUUAGUCUUCCUAAGCUAACAGAUAAGCAGCCUCUACAAGAAAAGACCCUGGAGGAUCUUGAUCUUAACAAAGACUCCUUUAUGAGCAACUCCAACAACACAACCAAGAAAUACACAUCACCUUUUCAGAAGACUGAAACAGGAGCAGCCAGACAGCGUAUAACGCUGGCACCGAUAGGAGGCACCUCUGCUAUUGAUCUGUCAUCUGCUGCUGAUCUCAGAGUCGAGUCUAAAAUCAAACCGGCCAAGAGCAAGACCUCCUUAAAUAAACUGUUGCUCUCAAAAGAAGAGUGCGAAGGGAGGAGGAGCAGAUCUCUGAACCCUCAGAUGCCUGGGUCCAGCGCCAGCGUUACAGGGAAGUUUUCAAAGAGCACAAACAUCCAGCCAGUGCACGGACGAGUAGACUGGAGCGCCAAAUACGGAGGCCACCAGUAG